AAAAAAUUUCACCACAAUCCAGUUAAUAAUAGUGUGUGACUGAAAAAAAAAACAUUAAAUAGCACUAAUUAAGCAUGGAUAGUGAAUUUAAAGAAAAGUAUGAGAAAUAUAAAAAGACUGUCAAGAUCUGGGAAUAUGAGUUUAAGAAAGAGAAUCACAGAAUUCCAUCAAAAUUGGACAUUAAAGAUGCACCAUAUAAUGUUAAGCAAGCAUAUAAGAUGUAUUAUAGAAUGAAGACAUCAUUUUUGAAUGAUACUCUCACUGAUAUUUUGGACGAUGACAAUAAUACUGAAGAACAAAGUUCAGCUGAUUUCUUAGAGAUAUCCUAUAAUAAUGCAUCGUUUAUGGAAUCUAUGGAGAAUUCAAUAUCAGACUCUAUUCAUGAACUUUUAGAUCCAAAAAAGAAACUUCCAGACUCAUAUACAAAUAAAGUGACUAAACAAACAAGUCAGGACUUUGAUGCAGUUAGUCACGAUGCAAACAAUGAAGAUGUAUGGAAUAAAUCUCUUAACAAACGUGUGCCCGUUAAAAAAGAAGAAUUGAUGAAAAAACCAGAUCCACUUAAAAAAUCGAGAGAAUCAUUCUCAUUAAAAAUGGACAGUUCUACAGUAAAGGCACCAAGAAAUCCAAGAAAGGCUCUAUCCAAGACAUUUUCAGCACAAAGUUUGGAAUCAGAAAAUAGUCAAAAAUUAGAUACACUUCCUGAUUUGGAGACAAUUUUGUUGGAAAAGUCACGAUCAUCAAAACCUGUAGAAAUCAAAAAACCUGAACCUAAACCAACAGAAAUGGAAAUAAAGACGUCAAUUGAUUGCGAGUGGCUCAAUAGAAAUGCUCCAUCAACUUCUAAAGAAAGUGGGGAAUUAACAGUCAAUUUCUCUACGUCAAGCUUCGGUUUAUCAAAUUUGAAUUUAAAAUCAUUUGAUUCUUCUAUGUCUAUUGGAAAGAUUGACUCAAAUGUUGAGGCUACAUAUCACACAGCUGAUUUAUCAGAUAGCGAAUACAUAGAUUCACAUGAAAACUUAAAGACUGAAAUUUUGCCAAUAUCAAAGAAACGUCGACUGUCAAUAGACAUUAAGCCAACAGAAAAUGUGAUAAUAGUUGAGAAAAUAGAAAAAAAUAUCCAAGAAUUGCCACAAAUUAAGAAAAUUCCAGACAAGCCAAAAAGAAAAACUGUUCAAAAUAAGACUAAAAUUAUUCCAGAUAUUGAGGAAGAAAAGACAGUUCAAGGAACACACUUUGAUACUGACGACGAUUCCGAUAAAGAUCCAACAUAUGCAGAGAAUAAAGAUAUUAAGGAUAAAGAAGCAUCGCCAGAACCAGUUGUAAUGAAAAGAAAGAAAAGUUUAAUUAAAAGAUCAAAAGAAGGGAUUAAUAAAGUCACAAAAAAAGCUGCCAAGUUGCUAUCUAGAAAUAAGACUAAACAUGAUCAAACUGAUGAAAAUGAGCCAGAAGAAGAAGAACAAAUUAACUUUUUUGUAGACACAGAAAUAAGCAGCAUAGAAAACAUCCCAAGAGUCUCAGAAAAGGAAUUAAAAGCAACUGAGAAACUUUUUGGACAAUUUGCAUUACAACAUAACAUGGGAGGAACUAAAAAUGGUGAAAAUCCAUCAAUUGACUUGAAAACAAGGACAAAGAAGGAUGCACUACAGAAGAAAGUCUCGUCUGGUACCUUAAAUGACAAUUAUGUCCGAGUAAAUCUAAAGAAAAAAGUUUUCGUACGCGGAAAAAAAGCAUUCAACUUUAGUCGAUAUAAAAAAACAUUGUGGAAGAAAAAAAAGGCAGAAGAUUUAAAUGAUAUGAGAGGAUGUGAUGGAGGUGUCUUAAAAUGUCACAGUUGCGGUGGUGUUGGACAUUUUGCAAAUCAAUGUAAGCAAAAAGGCGACAGUUUACUUCCUGUUGAUGCUCAUAUUGAGGAUGAAUCUCUUUUGCCCACUUUGAAACAAGCUUCAGAAAUGGCAAAUGAUCAGAAAUUACUAGCACAUGCUAAUAGGCCUAAAUCUAUACCAUCAACGUCAAAUGAAAUUUGGAAAGAAAAUGGAACCAGUGAAGAAGAAAUGGAUCUUGAUGAUGACAUAGAAUUAAUUGAACGAGAAUUAAGGACCGCAAUUGAUAAGGAAAAUGAAAAUGCAAAUAUAAUAUUCAAUAAUAAGAGCUACAUUGGACAUAAAGUUCCUGACGAUUUCCUUAAGAAAUGUGAUUACUUUAAUGCUAAUACAGCAAGCAAGGAUGAAAUUAAGCCAUACUAUGAACUUGAUGAAAACGGAACUGUUCCUGCUGAAAUUCCAAAAGAGGUCUAUAAUGUCCUCGAAAGUUUUGGACAUAAAAAUUUCAGAAAAGGUCAAGAGAAGGCAAUUAUGCGUAUUCUUUGUGGUCAAUCGACGUUAGUGACUUUGAGUACUGGAAGUGGAAAAUCUUUAUGUUAUCAACUUCCUGCUUAUUUAUAUCGUCAAAAGUAUCAUUGUAUUACGCUUGUUAUUUCACCAUUAGUGUCAUUGAUGGAAGAUCAAGUUCAUGGAAUUCCAGAUUUCAUCAAUGCUCAAUGCCUACACACCAAUCAAACUCCCAAACAGCGUGAAAAAGUAAUGGAAGAGAUUAAAAAUGGAAAUGUAGAAAUUCUUUUAGUAUCUCCUGAAGCUGUUGUAGCUGGAGAAAAAUCAACUGGAUUUGGGUCACUUUUAAAUCAAUUGCCACCGAUUGCUUUUGCAUGUAUUGAUGAAGCGCAUUGUGUCAGUCAAUGGAGUCAUAAUUUUCGUCCAUCAUACUUAAUGAUUUGUAGAGUCUUGAGAGAAAAGUUGGGUGUAAAAACAGUUUUAGGAUUGACAGCUACAGCAACUUUACAAACUCGAAAUAGUAUAAUUAAGCAUCUAUCAAUUCCUGAUGGAUUAAAUGGUGUUAUUAGUGAUAUUCCACUUCCUGACAAUUUAGUUUUGACUGUUUCAAAGGACGUAAAUCGUGAUAAAGGAUUACUUCAAUUACUUCGUAGUGAAAGGUUUAAUUCUCUUCAAUCAAUUAUUAUCUAUUGUACUCGACGUGAUGAAUGUGAAAGAAUUGCUGGAUAUUUAAGGACAUGCUUACAGGAUGAAAAUAAAAAGGUUGAAGAAACAAAGACAAAUAAGAGAAAGAGAACAAAAUGGGUUGCUGAAUUCUAUCAUGCAGGAAUGCCAGCAUCAAGACGUCGAACAGUCCAAAAUGCAUUUAUGGGAAGUGAUUUAAAAAUUGUUGUGGCUACAAUUGCUUUUGGAAUGGGAAUCAACAAAUCUGAUAUUCGUGGAAUUAUUCAUUAUAAUAUGCCAAAGAAUUUCGAAAGUUUUGUUCAGGAAGUCGGUCGUGCUGGAAGAGAUGGGAAAAUUGCUCAUUGUCACGUUUUUCUUGAUUCUAAAGGCGGAGAUUUAUCGGAAUUAAGAAGACAUAUUUAUGCAAAUUCCAUUGAUCGUCAUGUUAUCCGUAAAUUACUCCAAAAAGUCUUUGUUCCUUGUUCCUGUAAACAACGAAGUCAUGGAACUAGCACUGAGAAUGAAAAUGGUAAAAGAGUCUGUCCAGGACAUGAAGUAUGUUUUGCAAAAGAACAAACUGUACAAGCUUUGGAUAUUCCUGAAGAAAAUAUUGAGACAUUAUUAUGCUACUUGGAAUUACACGAAGAUCGUUACAUUAAGGUUUUAGGAAAUGCAUACACAAUGUGCAAAAUAAUUUCUUAUAGUGGACUUAAUUAUAUGAAACAAAUGGCUAAAUCAUGUCCACCAUUAGCGAUGGCAAUAGCACUUGAACUUAAAAGAGGAAAAAGUCAGGAAGAAUUGAGUUGUGUUGAAUUUUCAGUUGUGGAUGUAGCAUCGUCAAUUGGAUGGGAUAGUGGAGUUGUUAAAUAUCAAUUAAAACAAUUAGAAUGGACAGUAAUUAAUGGAAUGAAGCGAAGAUCACCUCUAACUGUCUCAUUCUCAGAUCUUGGAUUUCGUAUUCGAUCACCAGGCGAUUUAAGUGAUUCAGAGCUUGAUCAAGCCUUAGAUUCUUUAGAAUUUCGUACACAAUCGCAGGAACGAACUCAGGUUGUUCAGCUUCAAGUGAUUUAUGAUUCGUUCAAUUCGAUAGCAUUUCCGAGUUUUUCAAAAUGUUCCGAGAACAAGGCUGAGUAUAAGGAAUCAGAUGAACUGAAAAGUACAAUUAGAAAAUAUUUCUCAACAAAUUUACCAAUGGAUGUGGAAAUAACUGAGAAGAAUGAAGAGACAGCUGAUGAACAGAUAGUCAGUGAUAUUAAAACAAUGAUUCAUAUGUAUCCUGAGAAUAACUUUAGUGGACGAUCCCUUGCAAGAAUAUUUCAUGGAAUUUCGAGUCCUGUUUAUCCAGCUGUCAUUUGGGGACGAUGUAAGUACUGGAGAGCUCAUCUUAUGAUGAUGGAAAUAGAUCCGAUUUGUGAGGAAACAACUCUUUGGUUCGAGUUUCUAUUAAAACCUGAAUUACUUGAGAAGCAAAUGACAAAUCAGACAAAAUCACUAGAAAUCAUGUCUGAAUUUCUGAAUAUAAUUCCUCCAGAAAAUGGACAGCAAACAAACGACAUUAAUUCACCAGAUUCUGAUUCUUUGUCCAAAAUUGAGAGCCUUACAAACAAGUUUGGACGUAAGCAGUUGGCUAUUAAAAUCCUUGAACUUAAACUAGCUUCUUGUGACUUUAUUCAUUGGAACUUGGAUGUUAUUGAAAAGUACCUACCUAUUUCGAAACAAGUACAGUUAUUGAGUGAUUUAUGCAGUAUAACUUCAGGACGCUUGGUCAACUUACCACUUUCAUUAGUUCAUGAAGUUCCUGUAUCCAAUGAUGGGUCAAAAAGUGCUUUAAGCUUUGCCUUAACUAUAUAUCAUCGAUGGCUUCUAAGAGCUCAAGUCUUGAAAGGAUCAGCUGUGAAAAUUAAGCCAUAUCAAGCAGUAUUAACGCCACAGGAUCCAAAUAUUUGUGCAAAUUCAGACGAUAAGUUUAUUUCUGGAUUAGAAUCAUUCACAACUACAAGCAUUGAGUUCCUCAAUGGAAUCAUAACAGAUACAGAACCGUUUAAAAUGCCAAUUUUUGAUUCCUUUGUUCCACUUGAAGAGACAUCAAUAAGUAGAAAUGACAUUUGUAAUGGACAAAAGUUUGAUAAAUUUGCUAUAAUCGGUAAAACUGAGUUAAAGGCACAAAUCUACUUUGAUCUAUGCUCAUACUACAUUUUUACCAAAAAGUAUGACUCUGCUAAGGAAAUGGCAACACUUUGUAGGAGCAACUAUGAAAAGCUUCAAAUAGAACUGAAGGAAAAGUCCACAGAAGCACGAUUCUGUACUGUAAGUGACGAGAAUCUUAAGGGAUAUUUAUUAGCUUGUGGGAUUCUUCAGGAAGGAAAUCCAUCAUUAUUCCAACGGUUUAAUGACUGUACCUUAAAUGAGCUCAAAAACAUUGAAAUUAUAUUAAGUGAGGAUAAUUAUAGGAAGGAAAUUCCAUUUAUUCAUCGAAGAGCACUAGAAGGAGACCUUGAUCAACAAUCUAAUGAAUUCAUUAAAAUAUUGGCUCUUAAUUCAAUUCGUUAUAUCUUGGAUAGUACAAAUAUUGUCACAAAUGACAUUCCUUUCCUGGUUCUCAGAAAUAAUGUCCAAAGGAGUCUGUUGCUUAAAUAUUUCAUUCAGUACUCGAAUGAAAUCAUCCCAAGCAUGUCACUAUCGGAUAAGAACAAGAUUAAAACUUAUUUAACCAACUUCCUUGUUCGUUUUCCUCCAAUAGAAAUUGAAGUUAAGGAUUCAAAGCUAUUUAGCAGAGAUGAGCUUGAUAUGCUGAAAAAGCAAAAAACUAUCGAUAGUAAAAUUGAUCUAGCUUCGAUUGGAUUACAACAGGAAUGGAUUAUUCCUAGUGAUUCAAAAAUACAGAAAAUAAAAGUUGCAGAUUUUGAGAGGAAACUUGUGGCAAGCACAACAAGUAAGCAAGUCAGGAAAUAUCUCGUAGAACUUGCAAAAUUCAAUCCACAACAAUCAUUAUGGUCGAUAAAUCGAAACUGGUAUUUGCCAAAUGAUUUGCGUGUUGUUGUUCUUAAUCUCAAAAGAGGAUUCCUUCAAGAUUUUUCGUAUAUCCUUCUUGGAAAAGUCAAUGAGAUGGUUUCGAAGAAAGACUUUGUUGCAGCAUAUGCACUCAUAUCGGAACUAAAGAAUGAAGCCAAAAGGGCUGAAUGGUCAAGCGAUUCGAUUGUUAUUAAGCUUGGAAAGCUACUUGAAUGGGAAAAAACCAAUAUUCAAAUUUUAAUGAGACUAGAUUCAGCAUGGCCAAAAAAACCACCGACUUUAAGAGAACAAUGGACAGUAAAAUUCAUUCAAUUGACGAAGACAAUAACUAAUGAUAUGCCACGACUCGAUAUUAUUGAGAAUUGUUUAAUUAUGCUACUUAAUUUGAAUGAUUGGGAAAAUUGUGUCACAUUUGAGGCAAAAAGAAGUUCGAUGAGUGAACUUUCAGUGCUGUUUGCCAAGACAAUGAUUGAUAUACAGCUUGACGCAAAAAUUAAGAAUACAAUUCCUCGCAAACGUGACGUUUGGGACUUUUUAUUGCCAAUUUUCAAUAUGAGUAAUCAACAGCAACAAACGAGUAUGAAAAGAAAUCAACAGAAUAGACGAUCAAGUGAUUCGCCUGCUAGAUUUCUGAUGGGAGCAAUGAAUGUAUCAAUUUUAAAACAGUUCUUAGAGAAGAUGAGAGAUCCAUUCAUAAUAUCGAUUUUACUGUCAAUGUUUGCAAAAAUGCACAAUUUAAUUAAGGAUGACACAAGUGUAGACUUAGUCAUUGAGAAUCUACAUCUUUGGCCAUUAAGUAUCAGUAAUGUUAAUGGAUAUAAUAUUAAAACAAUUGCUGAGUCACUGUCACAGCUACUAAAAUUAGCAAUCAAGAUAUAUCCAACAAAUGCAGCAUGGAUACGAAUGCAAGGCGAUUUAGAGUAUGUAAAUGGAAAUAAUGAAGCAGCAAUGAAGUUCUACGUUCAAUCAUUAAUAAUAUCAACUGAAUAUUGUGCAUUGCCAAUUCAACGUCCAGUAAUUGACGAGAAUAUCAUCAAGAAAAUGAUCAAAUGCAGUUCAAAUCUUGGAUGUUAUUUACAAGCUGCAGUUUUAUGCCAAUUUGUUGAGGAUGUUGAUUAUACACUCGCAUUUAAGCUUCUCCAAGAAAAAAGUAGUAAUUUUCAAGAUGCUAUGGAUAGCUAUUACUCACUAAUAUGGGAUACAACACUUCUUGAGUACAUAAUUAAUUUGCAUGCUAAAAAAGGCGAACAUAAACGUCGAUUACAAGCUAUUUCCUACAUCCGACAAUUAGAGUUGAAUGCAAACAAUAGCGAGGAAGUAAAACAAAAGGCUGCAUCGGUUAGAAAAAGCAAAUUUGUACGAUCCUUAGCGAACCAAUAUUUGUAAAACAAUAAUUAAGAAAACUGCAAAUAAAAUAACGUGUUUUAAGAAUUUGAAA